CCACCCAUUCGGUUCCCUAGUUGGAGAGUGCUGAGGGCGGAGGGAACCCGCAAGGAAGCAUCACUCCAGACCCCAAUCCUCCAGGGCCUGAGGCCUAGCCAGCAUCCAAUGGAGGACAAGAAGAAGAAAAGGAGUCCUAAGCCCUGCCUGACCCAGCCAGCCCAGCCCCCAGGCACACUACGCAGGGUCCCAGUGCCCACCAGCCACAGCGGCUCCUUGGCCCUGGGACUCCCUCAUCUGCCAUCCCCCAAGCAGCGGGCCAAGUUCAAGAGGGUAGGCAAGGAGAAGUGCCGCCCAGUGCUGGCCGGAGGUGGGGGCGGCUCUGCAGGCACCCCCCUGCAGCACUCAUUCCUGACCGAGGUGACUGAUGUCUAUGAGAUGGAGGGGGGCCUCCUGAACCUGCUCAAUGACUUCCACUCUGGCCGGCUGCAGGCCUUCGGGAAGGAAUGCUCCUUUGAGCAGUUGGAACACGUGCGGGAGAUGCAGGAGAAGCUGGCACGGCUGCACUUCAGCCUGGAUGUGUGUGGAGAGGAGGAGGAGGAGGAGGAGGAAGAGGACGGGGUCACUCAGGGGCUGCCUGAGGAGCAGAAGAAGACGAUGGCUGACCGCAACCUGGACCAGCUGCUUAGCAAUCACUGAACAAUUAUUUUUGCUGCCUUAGAUUAUCUCCGCAUCUAGUCCUAUCAUCAGUAGCGCGGGUGCACGCACCUGCAUGAUCUAAACCGAAAGCGAAGGGGGUAAGGCAUCUAGCAAGAAGGGCCAGCGAGGACUGCAACCCCAGACCACGGACCACCCCCAGAGUCCCUGGCCCCCGCCCCUUUGCGCAGUUGGGGAAACUAAGCCUGUGCAGGUUGGGGAAAUAGGGCUGGAAGGACCCGGAUACAGAGCAUCACAGUCCUUGACCCGCACAGACAGAAGCUGCACCUGGCUGAGAACGCCGAGCCUGAGGAGCCGUCAGCUGUGUAGGUGUCGGACCCAGGCCCAGACUGCUCCUUCUCGUUCCCUUCAAACUGUGACUUUUUACGGACUCGAUUGGGUGUUCCGCGGCCCCCCCAGGUGCUAUGGGGGUGGGGGGCACUGGAUGGAAUUAAACCAGAAAGAA